AAUAUAAAUUCAAUUCUUCCAAUGUAUUUUGAAAAUUACGAGCUUCGUUUCUCAUUGACAAAACAAGAUUAUUCGCUUAAUUCAGAAUCAGAUACAGAGCUCGCAGACGCAACGCGCGCGAUUGAUUGGUUAUCGCGGUUAAUUGAGUCAACAGUGUCUAGCCAGAUCGCGCAUACGGAAUCUGUAUACAUCCGGUGCCUGAAAUCUAUUUUUAGAUGCUACAUUUAGGAAGAUACUUAAAUUUCCUGUAGACGAUUUCGGAGAAGAAGCUUCUGGAAGAAUAAUCCUUGCCAUCGAGAAGAUGUCUUUCACUGCAACAAAUCACAGGCGCGCAAUUACGGUUAUGUAAUUUAUGAAAAAGUUAUGGAUUUAUCAAAAUAGAUAAAUCUGUCUAAGCGAACGUCGCGACAAUGAUAAGUUGAUGGCGAUAAUUAUUAGAAACGUGAUACAAGCAGUAUGCAAUUGUUGAUGCUGCAGAAUGAAUUUUCAGGGAUGAAGAAGAAGAAGAAGAAGAAGAAGACCGCGAGAUUGUUUCACGGUACCUGUCGGCGGACACGGCCAUAAUCACGGUGUCCACGUUUUAAUAGUAUCUCGUACAGUGACUCGCGAAGAAAACGAAAAGGCUUUUGUGAAGCUCGAUAUUUGUGAAUACAAUUAGAAUAUAAACGAUGGCUGCGAAAGCAUCUGUGCCACAAUUGGAACAACGGAUUCAGUGCGUCAAAUUCACCAUUUUCUGCUUAAAUGCUAUAAUAUGGCUUCUCGGCAGUUCGAUGUUCGGCCUGUGCAUGUGGCUGCGAUUAGACCCGUCGUUCCAAGAAUGGGUUGACUUCCUAGACAUAUACGAAUUUUACAUCGGCAUCUACGUUCUCCUGGCAGUCUCGAUAGUAAUCAUAAUAGUAACGUUCAUCGGAUGCGGCGUUGCUCUUAUGGAGUACAUUUACGGUCUCUACGCUUUCAUAGGUCUGCAAUUGUUCUGCUUCGCGAUGGGCUUGGCGGGAACAGCGUUGCUACUCGACUACUCGACUUACGACAGCCAAAUUCAGCCUCUGAUUCGAAAAUCGACGAUGUCUCUCAUCAACAAUUAUCAGGACGACAGAGCUACUUACAUUUUACAAUUGAUCCAAGAAANGAGAGAGAGAGGGGGGGAGAGACAGAGAGAGAGAGAGUGUGAAAAUACACAAGGUGUAACACUACACUUCUACGUGUUUAAUCAGCUUCUCGGCAGUUCGAUGUUCGGCCUGUGCAUGUGGCUGCGAUUAGACCCGUCGUUCCAAGAAUGGGUUGACUUCCUAGACAUAUACGAAUUUUACAUCGGCAUCUACGUUCUCCUGGCAGUCUCGAUAGUAAUCAUAAUAGUAACGUUCAUCGGAUGCGGCGUUGCUCUUAUGGAGUACAUUUACGGUCUCUACGCUUUCAUAGGUCUGCAAUUGUUCUGCUUCGCGAUGGGCUUGGCGGGAACAGCGUUGCUACUCGACUACUCGACUUACGACAGCCAAAUUCAGCCUCUGAUUCGAAAAUCGACGAUGUCUCUCAUCAACAAUUAUCAGGACGACAGAGCUACUUACAUUUUACAAUUGAUCCAAGAAAGCAUCGGAUGUUGCGGCGCCGAUGGGCCGCGGGACUAUCUGAAUUUGAAGAAGCCUCUGCCCAGCGAGUGCAGGGACACUGUCACCGGAAACGUAUAUUUCCAUGGCUGCGUCGAAGAGAUCUCAUGGUUUUUAGAGGGCAGAUCGGGAUGGCUGGCUGGCCUGUCCUUGGCACUGUGUAUGCUUCACGUGGUCAUCGCGGCCUUAAGUCUGACGCUUAUCCGGGCGAUCAAGAAGGAAGAGCAGUCCGUCGCGUACAAACGCUAAUUGUCAGAACCUGUUCAGGGACCAGUUCGCAUUUCACUUCGCACACAGAAACAUUAUUUAUUUAGCAGGAAAGCUCUUCCACCCGAUACUGACUAUUAUCUGUCGUGUCGGAGGCAUCUUUUAUAUACGAGAACGUUUUUCUUUUACUACACAUUUUUUCAUCGCUUUGCAGCGACACGAAAUUCGCAGCGAUCGAAACACAAUUCGAUCGUUGCAUUUUAUAGUUCGUCGCGUUUAACGUUUAGUAUUUAUAAUAAAGAAACAAUUCGUAUAUCAUUUUUACAUACUUUAUUUACAAAUUUGUUUUAAUAUACAUACGGUGUCUUACAACGACGAAUAAAAUGUAUUUACAAUAAUUUCACCAGUACACGUCUAAACAUUGUUGCACGCUAUUGGACGUUUCUUUUUGUCUUUUCUAUACGGGAGUUGUUCAGAAUGUUUAAUAUAAAGAAAAAAGAAAUGAAUUUAAAUGUACAAUCUUAAUUAAUUAUAAAACGUACGGUCAUGUAAAUCGUUCGUUCUACAAUAAUAAAGCAAAAACAAUGAUGAAUGAUUA